AUGUCCAACUUUGACUUCUCGGACUUCACCAAGACCUCCAUCGACUCGAUCGGUGCGAAGGCCUCGCCUCGCGUCAAGGAGGUGAUGCCCAUCCUCCUCCGCAAGCUCCACGAGUUCCUCGUCGAGGCCGACGUCACGCACGAGGAGAUGAUGGCCGCGUUCGACCUCCUCGUUAAGGCCGGCCAGGUCUCUGACGACAAGCGUAACGAGAUCCUCCUCAUUUUCGACAUUCUUGGUGUCGAGUCCCUCGUCGACGCGCUCGACCAGACCCGCCCCGCUCGCAAGGGCGGCAAGACGACCGAGGCCUCACCCUCGGCCAUCCUCGGCCCCUUCUACCGCUACGGUGUCCCCGAGCAGCCGAACGGCACGACGAUCAUCCGCCAGGACGAGCCCGACGCGCCUUACACGCACCUGUACGGCACGAUCUACGACGGCGACAGCAAGCCCCUCCCCAACGCCGUUGUUGACAUCUGGCACGACGCCCCCGACGGACUGUACGACGCCCAGACCCCCGAGAAGCCCGAGUACCACUGCCGCGGCCGCUUCCGCACCGACGAGAACGGACGGUACGACACUGCCGGCCAGCUCCUGACCAUGAUGGACCGCCACCCGUACCGCCCCGCGCACAUCCACUACUGGAUCGAGGCCGACGGACACCGCACCCUCGUGUCGCAGAUCUUCGACCGCGAGUCCGACUACCUCACCGACGACGCCGUCUUUGCCGUCAAGGACAAGCUCAUCGUCGACUUCAAGCCCAUCCCGAAGGACUACGUGCCCCCCAAGGGCCUCGAGGGCAAGAUGAAGUACGAGCUCGAGCAGGACUUCCGCCUCGAGCGUGUUUAA